UAGGACAUCCUACAUUGAUUGUCCCAGUGUGGUUAUUAUCCCCCACUCUGUGCGUGCAUGACCUGUGUGUUGUGUUGAAAAACUGGUCUUCACUGCCUAUGGAUUUCCACGGCAUUCAUAAUGAUGCUUGUUGGGAACAUUGCCAGCUUGUGUAGAGAGCUCCCUAUAGCUGAGCUGUACUCCAGUAUACAUUAGACAGUGUAUAGCCAUGUAGAAGAAGUUGGCUGUAAGGAAAAUCGAUAUCCCUAUACCAUGUCUGCAUACCAGUGAUACAGGAGGCAGCAGGCAGUGCCAGAUGGAGAUAGUGUACAGAUACACUAUUUGAGUUACAUUACGCCUGUAGUCGUGAGAGGUUGGCGCUUUCUGAUUUUUAUCAAGGCAAUUUCAUAUAAGGAACUUCAGCUACUAAAGGAGUACAAAAGAUCAGUUCUGAUCUUGCAGGAGUAUGGAGAAUUUGAUCUGAUUAUGACCGAGGCCCCAAAGGCACUGACAUGGAAGACGGUGAGCUGCCUGAAGACGGUGAAAUAGUGGAUGAGGAAGAACGGAGAGGUCAUAGCAAAGCCAAAGAAUCUCGUCACCGUGAACAACGUGAUCGUGAUAAUGGAUUUGAGGAGGGUGAAGGUUCCGAGUCUGAUGAAGAGCUGUCGAAACGCGCAAGGAAAAGGCGUCGACAUAGAAAGAAUAGAAAUGAAGGAUCUGGCGAUGACUCCAAGAAGUCAAAAAAGAAAAAGCGCGAGAAAAAAGAACACAAGAAGUAUGUUGAUCAUGACCGUGUAGAGGAGGGGGGUGAAGAUACUCCUGACUGGAACCGAGAACAGUCGAGUCACGGGCAUCAUCAUCAUCACCAUGACAACAAUAAACAUCAUCAUGAACACCCAAGAGAACAUAGGAAAUUUGAGAAGGAGGAGUUUGGCGAUAGUCCGGGCGUUUAUGGAAGCCCAUAUGAUAACCAGGACAGGACUCCUGAAUAUGAGUACGAUGACUAUGAUGAUUUUGACGAUAUGGAGCCACCACAUAAGAAGACAAUGAUGAGCUUUGUGGACGAUGGGUUUAUUGACCCAAGUAUGGGGAUGGGUGAUAGACAGGAACUAUUUGAGCACCAUCACCGAGGUAGGGGGCGUGCCCCAGGACGAGGGGGCCAAAUGAUGCGAGGUGGUCGAGGCAGAGGUCGGGGACGUGGUGAUCGGGGUAGAGGACGCGGAGGUCAGGAUAGGGGACGAGGAGGUCAGGAUAGGGGACGAGGCGGUCAGGAUAGAGGACGAGGUGGUCAGGAUAGGGGACGAGGUGGUCUGGAUAGGGGACGGGGAGGUCAGGAUAGGGGACGAGGUGGGCGCGAUAGGGGACGCGGAGGACGUGGUCGGGGUGGCAUGCCACCGCACGGUCCCCCACACCACCCACACCAGCACGAUCACAGCAACCAGCGAGGACCACCCCCACGACGCGAAGAGAUGAAGCAGAAUCGUCCCAUUUGUAAAUUUUUCAAGGACGGUUCUUGCCAUAAGCAUCACUGCAAGGAUGAACACCACAGGGGUGAUGGAUGCGUCUUCAGUCAUGAUUGUACUCCAAAUCAUAAGAUGGAAGUCUGCAAGUUUUACAUCAGUGGCCAGUGUCGAAAGGGAGACAACUGUUCGUACUUACAUGGCCAAUACCCGUGUAAAUAUUACCACACUGGUGCCAAAUGCUUCCAAGGUAACAACUGUAAGUUUUCUCAUGAAACCUUGGAUGAUAGAGGCAAGCUACUGUUAGAAAAGAUUCUAAGGGAGCAGUCUGAGCGGGAAAUGGAGCGAGAGUUCAACCGUGAUAGACAACAUCACCAUGAGGACCGUGGGAGGAUGAUUAGUGAAAUGAUUGAUAAUCAACAAUUUGGAGGAUCUCCUCCUCGCAUGUACGAAGGAGACCCCAAAGAGGGCAUACCUUCUCUUCUGGACAUUAAGACAAAUCCGCCUAGCCCUGAGAAACAUGGCCCACAUGGACCUCCAGGACCACAUGGACCUCCUGGGCCACAUGGACCUGCUGGACCACGAGGACCCAGGCCUCGUGGACCACCUCCAAUAGGAAUGCUUCGCCCACAAGGAUUCUACAAAGACACUCUUGCCUCUCCAACAAGACAUCCUGGCCCUCAUGGUCCCAGCUUGCGUCCUCCACUUCUCCCAGAUCCAGUACCUCAUGGCAUGCCCCCACCCCAUAUGAGGAUGCCUGGCCCACCACCUCCACCACCACCACCGUCGGCUGCUAAUGUUGUGUCUGCCAUGGCUGAAGCUAUUGCAACUGCCAUCAGAUCACACCAAAAGGAAGCCCUAAAGGCCAAGGAGGAAAAGCCGGAUGAGCCAAAAGUUGCAGAGACUGUUCCAAAACCAUCAGAUUUGAUAAAAAAAGCAACAGAGCCGUUGCCAGAUUUUGCAGAAGCGUUACCAAAACCUGCAGAGUCAGAAUCUCCACCAAAACCUGCGGACUUCUCUGAUUUACCAAAAGCUGUUGAGUUGUUGAAGGCAGCAUCUUCACCACCAAUGGUUUCCGAGCCCACACCGGAGAUUGAGGAUAAAAAAGUUGUGGAACCUGAACAGUGUGCCCCUGCUUUGGAGGUCAAAAUGGAACCUGUUGAAAUCAUGAGUCCUACUGGACCGUCUACUGCGCCAGAUAGUACAAGCACUGAAAAUGCAGAUAAUCAGAGCUCGGCUGAUCGAAAGGCUGCAGAAAUUGAUGUCAAAGAGGAGCCAAUGGAGGCAACUGAUGGUGAAGUUGAGGAGAAAACGGAAGUCGUGGUAAAGGCUGAAGCUAUGGAGGCAUCUGAAGUUGAGGAGGAACCAAAAGGGGAAGCAAAUGAAAAUGGUCCUGCACCGACACAGGAUGCCGAGGCAAAACCAGGCCCAGAACAAUCGGUGGAGACCAAACCACAAACCAGUUUCCCUGAAAUACCAGAGAAUCUUCCCCUCGUACAACGGCAGCUGUUACUUAGGCUUCAGCAGGCACAGAAGGAACCAGAACCUCCUCAAGAAAAUCCUGUUGCAGACGAAAUAGAAAUGGAGGACGAUAACUGGUACUCAAGUGACGAAGAAGACGAACUGCCAUCGAAGAAAUCUCUAUCUGAUAUCAUGAAAAAUAUUACACAGACAGAACCACCAAAAGCUGCGUCACCUCCAUUAGUGAAGCCUCCGACUUCUGUUGCCAGUACUGUGCCGUCACAACCAGUGAUGGACAUUGGAAGCAUGUUGAGUAUGAUACGGCAACAGACUGCAGCAGCUGGGAAUACAGUUGCAGUGGCAGUACCACCACCACCACCACCUGCAAGUGUUGCUGCUCCUGUUGUUACUUCUACGGCAAGUGUGCCCCCGGUCAGAAGGGACCCUCGUCUCCAAGGUGUUCCAGCUCCACGAAUAGAUCCACGAACUCAGCAACCACCUCCUACUUCCAGUGCCACUCUGGUGGUGCCGCCUGUACACGCUCCUGCCUCACCUCGCCAUAAUGAACCUACCCCUGAGAUUUACGGUAUUAUUAGUAACCCAAAGCCAUUUCGUUUGGUGCUCUUCACAAUGGAACCUAACAACAGACCCUGUCUUCCUCCUGGACUAAAUAUCACGGAUCCAAGGUAUCGGGAGGACCCACGUUGCUCGCACUAUAAGAACACUGUAGUGAAGAGGAGUACUAGUUAUCAGCCUUCACUGUCACAUGGUGGUAGUUCUCCGGGACCUCCGCGACCACCAGUAAAUUUACCAAGGAGAGACAGUUCAUCUAAUGACUCUGGUAUGGAAAUGAGAUUGAAAACCCAAAAUUCUGCGCCUGGAACUUUGGGUCCUAGGGACCCCCGAAUGAUACAACAGGCUCGAUCUAUGGACCCGCGUUCUAGUGGCGGCUCAUCACCUGCUGCCCAUUGGACAGCAGGUGACCCAAGAGCACCACCAAUGUUAUCACAGGGACGACCAAGUGACCCUCGGGGUGGUGGUGGUGCGUCAUCACCGGCCGCACAUCGGAGUGGUGGUGAUCCACGUGCGCCUCCUGUGCCGAAACUUCUGUCAAAGGACCCAAGAUCAGACUUGCAGAAUCCAAAUAUUCUCCAAGCAUUUGAAUUGCCGCCUCUUGGUUCGAGUAGUGACCAUCAGUUCGCAAUGCCUAAACUUUUGCUCGAACGGCCUGAGCCAUUGAAAGGAAAGCCUGAGCUCCAGAGCACACCACAAUCUCCUUUACCAGUACCGGCACUUACGUUACCACCUCUGUUAGCACAACCACUGCCGCUUUUAAUGCAGCCUCCGCCAGGGAAAGCUAUUAACCUUGAAACUGGGUCACCACAAAACUCCCCGCCUGCUCUGGUGCAAAAACUUUCUCCUGCUCAUCAGGAGUCGUCAGAAAUUUCAUCACCACCAAACUCUGAAAGAACUAAAUCCUUAUCACAUCGUGCUGAUCCGAGAUUUAAACGUCGCCCAUCUGUAAAAAAUCCAGAACCGGAACCUGUGCCUGUGCCUGUUGUUAAUGAAGAUAAAACUGAACAAAGACGACAGAACGUUGAAUACAGUUCACCGUUAAGUGGUCAGGCAAAUCGUCAGGAGGACUCAUACUCGUCAUAUAAUCGCCGGCCGAACAAUUAUGAAAAGACUGGUCGAAAAGGAGGAAAAAGUGAUCCGAGACAAUCCAGCGGUGGGCAGGAUCCACGACAGCGGCGCGAUCCGCGGUUUCCAGGGGGAAGUGGUGAUCCACGUGGACAUUUAGAUCCGAGGAAACAUUUGGAUAACGACCAACAAAUGGGUGAACCGCAUCAACAGGGCGAACCAUCAUUCCUUCAUCCCGGUGGAGGAGACCCCAGGUUCUCACAAGGGGCUGGAGAUCCAAGGUUUCAACAAACUGGUGAAAUCGAUCCACAACUGUUACCUGGGUGUAAUCCGACAGUUGACUCAUUUCAUGGUGCUGGUGGUAUGAAUAUUGAUUUGACAGAUCCUAGGUUUCAACAAAUAACAGGGUUACCACCGGAAGUGUUUGCACAAAUGCAACAGCAACAAAGUGAACAAUCGUUGCGCGACGUUUUCAAAACUUUUGAUCCUACAGCAUCACCGUUUUGUUAGUCAUUGUAAGGAAUUCAACCACUCAACUUGAUUGAAUCUCUAAACUUCAUCUGUUGAGCUCUGAUUUUGUCCUUGUGUCUUAUGUUUUGCACUCCUGUGCGACUGUUUUAUUAUUUUGUUUCAAUAUUCUCUGUGAUGGCGACUCUGAUAUUCAUGUUUUUGAUCACUAUUUUGUUUCCCCUUCUGUGUAUUAAACAUGGUUACACUAUUAAUAGUCAAAUUUUGAGGCCUGCUGUUAAAAAUGGUUCGCUCUAGUGUGCUCAAUGUUCCAGUGGAAGAUCCAGUUAUAGUGACACCAAGGGCACUAGUUGUUAAAAACCAUUAGUGCAGUUGCAUCCAGCUAGGAUCGAUAACAUUUCUGGCAACCAGAAAUUUUGUUAUAUCCAAGUUUCCUUAUGAAAACUGCACAGAGUGUUCAUUUAUGAAAUACAUGUAAGACUCAAAUUGUAUUUUGUACCAGGUCAAUGUAAAAACCUAUCCAGUAUUCUGAUGUGGAUUUUGGACUAAAAUUUUUGGAGUUAUCUUCGCGUAUUGUUUUGUAUGAAACCUGAACUCAGUGUAAGCCCUGUGAUUGAAUAUGUCUUCUUUGAUUUAAAUCCAUUCUAUUAGCUAUUCUUCAGCCUUCCAUUAUUUGCUGUCAAAAUGUAAAUCAUGUCCUGUUCCAUUUUUGUUCCUGAUCCAGUUUAUGUUGAUUCUUUUGCUUCGCACAAAUAUUACUGCUCGCUGUUCUCCUAUAAAAGGUUAUACUCAUCACAAACAUAAAUACCUCAGCAGAUUCUUUGAAA